AUGUCAAAAUUUAAUCCUUUAUGUACAAUUAUUGUUACAAUAAUUGAAGGUAAAUAUUUUCCACAAAAUCCUAACGCAAAACUUUUUGUUGAAUGUAGAUUUACAGAUGAAGUAUUAUCAACAAUAAGCCCUGAUUCAAAUUCAAUCUUAUCGACUGAUUCUGUCGAUCAAAGUUCUUUUCCAAUAUGGGACACUGAACUUGCAUGGGAAGUUGAUCAAAAAACUCUACAUACUUUACGUUUACAAUGGGCGCAUUUGAAAUUACAAUCUGCUGCUGACAGGCCUGGGAAAGAGAAAUGGAUCUCCCUAUUAAAUUCUAGAUCUCAUGGAUUACCUCCCGAAAUAAAAAUAAGUUUUUGUAUUUUGUCAAAUAUAUCUCCCCCAUCUACUCCCAUUACUACUAAUUAUGUGGCCAGCCCAAUACCGAACAAGAUCAGAACCUUUUCAUUGGGCAAUAAUAAUAAUGUUAUCCGUGAACAAAAUAAUGAACAUAAAUUUCGAGUUGUAAUUGAUUUGGAAUCCAUUAACCUAAACAAAUCAUUCAAAAACAUUUAUAUUAAAUAUAGUUAUCCAUCUUUAGGAAUAACGCAUAAUAAAUUCACACAAUCACAUUCCCCUAUUAUCGAACCGAAUCAAGAUGUGAAAUUGAUUAGUGGCACCAAUACGAUUGACGUUACAAUGACACAUCAACGUCUACAAAGAUACUUUGAAGUUGCGCCUUUGUUAAUGGAAGUAUGGCAACAACAACAGCAAACGCAAACUAUAGUAGAUCAAAAAAAUGAUAUACAAAUUGGAGUUGCAAAUCUACGAUUAGAGGAAGUAUUUUUAUCACAAACAACUAAAGAUGAAGAUGGUAAAGCCGAUGUUAAAAAAUUUAGCACUUUGGCUCCAAUAAAAUCUGUUGAAAUAUUUAAGCAAGCAGAUGAACAUAUAAGAUUUACUCAAAAAGUUCUUUCAGGAAAUAAAAAAAAUAGUAAAAAACUUGAUGAAAGUUUACAACGUGAAUUGGUUAAAGAUCUGAAAAAAGAAAUCGAACAACUUAAGAUUCAAUUAAAUUCUGAAACAUUUGCUAAAAAUCAUUACGAAUCACAAUGGUUAAAAUCAUUACAGGUGAUAGCAGGCACAGACGGUGAUAACAAUAAUGGUGAUGGUAAUGAUGAUGAGAACUUGUUUUGGAAUGAAUUACAAGAGAUUGAUCAAUGCUGGUCGCAAGUUAGAAGAAUGACUGAAGAAGAAACUGUGAUUUUGAAUCAUGAAAAAUUUGUUUUAAAUAUACUCAAAGAACAAUUAAAAAAAUUAAAUGUUUAA